AUCUUCAGUUUUAGUCCAGAACAACAACAAGAAAAACUAACAUCACGCAUUAUUUGAAUGUUGUCUUAUUCUUACUUCCUAUUCAUCUAGAGUUUUGUGUAAGGACAGAGAGCCAUGGAACAAAAAACAAGACACAAGCCAACUUGGAUCAGAAUCACUUCCCCAUACAACACAUCUUACGGAAAGAGGUUGUAUUUUAAACCUUUCACUGUUGUUUACUGUGAAUCACAAGGUAAGAACUUUAUUUUAUAUUUCCUGUUAUUGAUCAACUUUUUUUGUUUUCAAAGUUAAUGUUUUUGUACUGUAGCUCUACUUAAGCAAUAUACAGUAAGUAAGAUUAUACCCUUUAUGUUUUAUUUUUUUAUUUAAUAGUGUUAAAAAAAAUGUUGCUCAAUGUUAUGGUGAUGCUAAUAAAAAAUGUAAAAUUGUAUUGAGAUAUUUUUAUAUAUACAGUUAUGUCGGUAAUGUAAAGGAAAUGUUUCUCUAAAAGUGAAUAUGGAUACAUGCUGGUUUCAAAGACACAAUAAUAAUAAUAAUAAUAAUGCAUUACUUUUUUAUUAGAGACGCCCCUUGAUCUGAGGAACAACGCUCUAGCCCAUUGUGCCAAGUCCAACACUACCCGGACAUAAGCAACGAAGCUUUGCUGACAGGAAACUGGGGGAGAUGGAGGCCCACAAAACGCUGUGACACUAAGCACGUAUCACACUUCCGCAACACAUUUGAAAAAUGAAGUCGUUUGUUACAUUUCUCUUUGUCGUUUAUGAGCUUUAUUUAUGUGAAUCACAAGGGAUCAGUGCUGGGACUCCUGUGUUUGUGCUGAAGGGAGAGGAUUUGCUUCUGAAUGUCACCAAAACUGUUGUUCUUGGAAAAUUUGAUAAUUUUUCCUGGAAAUGUAAUAAAAGUAACAUAGUAAGAUUCACUUUUAAUGACAAAGGAGUCUCUGCUAAUUACACUCGAAGGGUUGAGUUUCCUGUGAACAAUUAUUCUGUGAUCUUGAAGAAUCUCCAAGAGGCAGACAGUGGAGUUUAUACUGCUGUAGUGGCAACGGAUUCAGGAGACGAAACAGAAGCUAAAUACAACGUCAAAGUUCAAGAUCGAGUGUCUCCAGUAAAUCUCACAGUGGUGAAUAACUCUGUCUCCAGAAACUCUUCCUCCUGUAGCUUCACUGUGACCUGCAGCUCACAGGACUCUCACAUCAACAGCACUUUCACCUGUGACACCAGAACCUGCAGUCAGGAGGGAGGAGAGCGGUCAGAGGGGAUCCCUGAUACUUUUCUCCAGGUCCACCAAUCAAGUGGAUCGAUCAUCUGUAACCAUAGCAACCGUGUCAGCUGGACCGACACCACCAUAAUAAUCAAAGAUGUCUGCCACCAGCAUGAUGUUCCUCCCCCACCAAACCCUGUUCCCAUCAUUUUGGGAGUAUUCUUCCCAAUUCUCAUUCUCGCCAUCAUUGGUGUACUUUGGUGCUAUCUUCGAACGAGAACAAGUCAAAGAGUGAUUAUCGAGAAUACAGUUUAUGAUACUGCUCAGGUAAGAGACAAGUUCGGAGCUCCAGCCCGGACUCAGGAUCCAACAGAUGAUGAAGAUUCAGCUCUGCCUCUGUCCUCCUGCUACGCUUGCGUUGGUCCUCACACUGGACCCCCAGCACCCACUGAGACUAGAAACACAGCUCAGCUAGAGAGUGUGUACGCUCAGGUAAAAAAGACCACACCAGGUCCUUGUAAAUGAUCAGGAGUCGUAUUCCACAUACUGCACUUGUUGGGAUUACGAUUUAUGGCAACUGAGCCAUGGACUUUAUUUUCACGUUACCCUCUUUUGGUGUGAAAAUCCUAAACCACGUCCUGUGUCUGCACCCAGAAGUGCUCUAACUCCACCUUCAAUGCACAGUUGUGAUUGGUUAAUGAUCGAUUGAAAUGACUCAUCAGCUUUUCUUGCAGUGUAUGCAUUCUGAAUCUCCAUGGCUAUGGGCGGCCAUCUUGACUCAAAGGACAUUAUUUAUUGACUCCUCUUAAACAAUCCUUGAAACCCUUGCAAAUGCACACAUCACAGCACACACAGUGAAAUAUGACCUCUUGGAGGUGUCUGAUGCCUUGCUCAAGGACACCACGGCAGGGCCCAGGAGGUGAAUUAGGACUUCUCCAAGUAGCAGUCCACACUCCAUAUUUUAGUUCUGUCCGGGAACUUGAUCCGGCGACCCUAUUGCUCCCAUUCCAAGCCCCUACUGACUGAGCCACUGGCGGCAAGAAGACAAUCUAUGGAUUGAACUUUUCUCUCAAUUUAACACACAGUUUAACGACAGGCUUUGAGAGAAACAGAUUACAUGUAAUGGAAUUAAUGUUAUCGUAUGCAAAGGAUUUUACAGUUGUUACCCUUAGAGUUAAAGAAAUACGUUGUUACUGCUACAUAACGGAAAAAAAUGGGAUUAUAAGAAUGAUUACAAUGUUACGAUACAUUUUCAAGUAAAGAAGUAUAUAUUACGAUGCUCAUUCUCACACAAUACUUCAGUUCAAGAGUCUCACAACACCGAGUCUCGAGUGAAGCCAAAGCUAAUCUUCCAUUGUUGCCUGUAGUUUAAAUAAGUCAUGAAUUGAAUGGAAAAUACUCAUUUUGUGUUGAAAGGAGAAAUGUGAAACAAAAUGACCGCCAUUGAAAUCGUGGCUUUCCAGCUGUUAAUAUGCAAUCAUUUUCCAAAAAGUCAACAUUUAAUUAGUUUAAUUAAUUAGUUAGAAGAAUUAGAUAGCCGUCCUUAGAUUUUUUUAUGAAUUUAGGACACUUUCACUCUUCUUGUUUUUAAAAUAAACGUACUUUUAAAUCCUGUGUAUUAUUUAUGCAGUAGCCAAUGCAGUUGCACCAACAUUGAUUUUGCUAAGUGACUGCAGGAUUCUUUCUUUUUGAGGUUGUUUCUUCAUGGUCUCUGAGGCACUUACUGUGAGACGCUUCUUGAUAAAUGUGAUGUAAGUAUGUCAUAUAAUGUAAUGUGAGUGUAUUUCAUGUAUUAAUUGACAGCUCAGUGGGUGGACAGCUGAUUUGUUACAAAUGCUGUGAAAGCUCUUAAUUAAUAUACUGCAGUGAACUUAAAAAAAGCAUAUUCUGUUGGUUAUAAAAAGAGCAGCGGACCCAUUGUUGAAACUAAA